AGGUUGGGACAAAUGACUUAACCUUGGGAAAACCCGAAACUGUGGGAUCGAGAAUUGACGAUCUAGUGCGCAUGUUGCUCGGGGUUCCAUCGGUCAGAGUUGUCGGCGUGUGUUUGGUAACCAAUCGGGCCUCUUCUCCAAAAUUUAAUGAGAAGGUUGCGAUCUUGAACCAGUACCUUACGGUUGUGUUAGAAGAUAAGCACAAUGUCUUCUGUUGGAGACAUAAAGGUUUUACUCAGCCAACCAUUUCGCCUUUUCUGCCUGAUGGCGUCCAUUACACCCGCAGAGCUCAAUAUACUUUGUAUAGAAGUUAUCGGGGCGCCAUCCUCAAGGCCAUUCAGUUUCUUUCACGCUGUGCUUAG